AUGAGGGUGUUUGAAUCGCUCAACUGCAUUGUCUGCAAGCAACCGUUUGCUCGAGCUGCUAAUCAACCUCGAUCUCCACUUCAGUUGGGCUGUGGAUUGGCCAUGUGCGAUGAGUGUUUCAUGAAAGAGUUUGAUACGGACGAAAAAGAAAGAAAACAUCAAUGUGGAAAUCCUGACUGUUUCAAGAACGACGACUUUGCCUACUUUUUGAUUGAUGUUUUGUCACAAGAAACCGCUUUGGUGUUUACUCCAAUGGGAUAUUUGCUUGUGAAGCCUUUCAAAAUUCCGGAAUGUCCAAUUUGUCAUGAUGAAUAUUCUGAUGAAAUUGAUGCGAAGAAAUCGUUUGCUCUUAAAUGUAGGCAUAUCAUUUGCACGGAAUGCUGUUUGAAGACAAGAAGUUCUAAUAAAACAACAUGUCCAACUUGUCGCGUUCAUACCUAUACGUAUGUCAACAAGCAGAAAGAUCGAUUCCAUGACUUUCUAAAUGAGCUGCCCCAAAUGACUCGACAAAUGGGGGCAAUGAUGAAAGCGCAUGCUUUCAUCAUUACCUGUAACGAAUGCCACAAAAAGAAUAUUGUCGACGAAAUGUUUUCUUGCGGUGAAUGUGGUUUUGAAAUUUGUGGCGCUUGUGCUUACAAAAAACAUCGUUCGCAUGAAGCCAUUCCGUUAUUGGAAAAGCAGGCUAACCAAAUGUUGAUGGAACUUCAACAAGAGUCAAGAAAUGUCAUCAAGACGUACAAGGAUUUGGUUCCUGAACUACACCAGGGACUUCUCGAGGGCAUUGACAUCUUUGAAAUGAAAUUGCUUUCCAAAGAAGAAACUCUCAAGGGCGCUCCAAAUUUGGCCGAUUUACAGGAGAAACACGAGUCAUUCACAAAAAUUAAGUCCAAGUUUGAGUCAUCCGCUGAAAAUUACUUGCCUCAUUUGCGCAGAUUCGAUGCUGAGGUCAAGCAAUUGAUUCAAACCCUCAGCGAGACCUCUGAUAUC